AUGAUAUAAAUAAGUACAAAUGAAGAGGGGGAGUUCGUUUUUGAUUCAAAAGAAUAAGAUUAUGUGUUAUUGGAUCUUAAUACCUUAUAAGAUUAAUUAGAAUAAGGAAAAAAAAAUGAAAUUUUCGAUUUAUUACAAUAAGUUAUGAAAUCUAAUGAAUAUUAAUCAUCAACUGAGAAAGUGAAAAGCUAAAUAGAAUGGGCUUUAUAAACUGUAAAUGAACAUCCUUCAGAAUAGUAUUAAAUAUUUUAAAAGAAUAUUAGUUAUGAUUUGGAAUAAUAGAUAGAAAAUUAAAGAUAUCCUGAUGUGCAUUCAGCUAAUAAAAUGAUUGAUAUGAAUAUAGGGAAAGUGAAGGCAAGAGUUUAAUAUAUGACAUCUUAAGAGAGGAAAAAUUUAAUGAAAGUAUAUCUAUUAAAAGUAUUGAGACAAAAAGCUUAGAAAGAAGCAUGCAAUAAAUUUAUACUAGCAAACAAAAUAAGUUUUAUAAGGAAUAGUUAUAAUAGAAAUAUUAAAUGAUGCAAAAGGAGAUAAUAGAAAGAAGAAGAAAUGAAAUAUAGGAGCAAAGAUAAAAGCAUUUUUAGAUAAUGCAAAGAAGCAAAGGGAAAUUGGGUUAAAUGUAAAAUUAAAUAAUAUGAAUAUAAGAUUACAAGUAAAGGUAGAAGAGAAUAAGUAAUUAAAAGAAUCAAUUCAAUUAGGGUUGUAUUAGACGAUGAGUGAAUUGAGAACGGAUAAUAUUAAAGCUUAUAGGAGAGUAAAGGUGAUGGAAUAAUAAUAAUAAGAAAAACUGCAAUUAUUUUGGUAAACAAAAUAAGUAAUAGCAAAAACGAAUUACAAAAAGAAGGUUGAAGAUGCCUAUUUAUAAAAUAUUCAAGCUUAGGAUAGGCUAUUAUAAUUAGAAUAAUAGGAAAUGCAAUUGAUUCAAAGAUUUCGUUAGACUGAAUAACAAUAUCAGAUGAGUUCAAUAAAAUUAGAGUAAAUGAAAUCAAAAUCAUACAAGGAUCUAGGGAAUAUGUGGAAUUGAG